AUAACCGUAGAAGAAGAGCACCUGCCUGCUGACCCCAGUCCAGUUUGUGACGUUUGGACAUUUUAUUAAUUUACCGAAGUCUUUUCUGCAUUUGACUGCGUGUUUUUACGUUUACUCAGUAAAACACGUGUGUGUCCGAUGUUAGCCACACACCACCAGGAUGAUUAAACGGCCCAAUAUUCUGCUAACAGGAACUCCUGGUGUUGGGAAGACCACUCUUGGAAGGGAGCUGGCCUUGAGGACAGGGCUGACCUACGUUAAUGUAGGAGAACUGGCACAAGAAGGUCAGCUGUAUGAUGGGUUCGAUGAAGAGUACCAGUGCCCUGUUCUGGAUGAAGAAAGGGUGGUGGAUGAGCUGGAUGAGAAGAUGACAGAAGGUGGGAUGAUCGUCGACUAUCAUGGUUGUGACUUGUUUCCAGAACGUUGGUUCCACAUCGUCUUUGUCCUGCGGACAGACAACACACAGCUCUAUACUCGGCUGGAAAACAGAGGUUACACAGGGAAGAAGCUGCAGGACAACGUGCAGUGUGAAAUCUUCCAGAUCAUCUAUGAAGAGGCCAUGGAAGCAUACCAACAUGAGAUAGUCCACCAGUUACAGAACAACACCCCUGAGGACCUAGAACAGAAUCUGGAGCAAAUCAUUCAGUGGACUAAACAGUGGAUGAGUGACCAUAACUAGAUGGCAGACUGUGGAGACAAGACACAUUUUUUAUACAAAAAGAUUGAUGAUUUUCAUCAAUAAAGUUUGUUGUGACCAAAUUAAAA